AUGCAAGGUCCUAAGACUCAAACACCAGACCCAGACAGAAGGGCAGCCAGUGAUGUGACCAUGGGAAUGAUCUUCUUAUCACAGACUGUGGUUGGAGUUUUGGGCAAUUCCUGUCUCCUCUACUACUAUGUGUUUCUUUACUUUACCCAAAGCAGAUUAAGGUCCACAGACUGGGUUCUGAUGCAUUUGAUUGUAGCAAAUUUCUUAACUCUCUUAUGUAAAGGAGUGCCCCAGACAAUGGCAGGUUUUGGUUGGAAAGACUUCCUCGAUGAUUCUGGAUGCAGAGGACUUUUCUAUCUCCAUAAAGUGGGCAGAAAUGUGUCCUUUAGCAGUAUCAGCUUCCUGAGUGCCUUCCAGGCCAUCACCAUCAGCCCUAAAGACUCUAAGUGGGCAGCACUUAAAUUCAAAGCUCCCAAGUAUGCUGUUUAUUGGAUAAACCUUAGUUGGAUUCUGAACCUCCUUAUAAAUACAGUUUUUCUUACAAACAUAAGUUCAAAACAGGGCAAUGAAAAUAUCACAAUGCUAAAAGACUUUGGGUACUGUUCUUCUGUUAAUCUUGGGAUAAUGGAUUUAGUUCUGCAUGUUGUAUACCUUUCAUUCCCUGAUGUUAUCUGUAUGUGGCUGAUGUUAUGGACCAGUGGCUCCAUGGUGCUCAUCCUGUACAGGCAUAAGCAGAGGAUGCAACAUAUACUCAGAGGCAAGGUCUCUCCUGCAUCCUCACCUGAGACCAGAGCUACCCAAACCAUCCUUCUAAUGGUGAGCACGUUUAUCUGCUUUUAUCUGCUCUCCUGUAUCUGUCAAAUUUGUUUGGCUCUUGUUUAUAAUCCUUCCUGGUUCCUGGUGAAUAUGUCUGUUUUGAUCUCUGGCUGUUUCCCAACUGUGAGUCCCUUUUUACUGAUGAGAAGUAACUCCUGUGUGCUGACAGUCUGCUUUAUGUGUGUCAGAAUAUAA